CAGAGGGCGGUGGCGUUUCCUGGUGACUGAGACCCGGUGCCGAGACUAUGGGCAGCCAAGAGGUUCUGGGCCAGGCGGCCCGGCUUGCCUCCUCUGGUCUGCUCCUGCAGGUGUUAUUUCGAUUGAUCACCUUUGUCUUGAAUGCAUUUAUUCUUCGCUUCCUGUCAAAGGAAAUCGUUGGCAUAGUGAAUGUAAGGCUGACGCUGCUUUACUCCACCACCAUAUUCCUGGCCAGAGAGGCCUUCCGCAGGGCAUGUCUGAGUGGAAGUGCCCAGCGAGACUGGAGUCAAACCCUCAACCUCCUGUGGCUAAGUGUCCCCCUGGGUGUGUUUUGGUCCUUUUUCCUGGGCUGGGUCUGGUUACAGUUGCUCGAGGUGCCUAAUUCUAAUGUCGUCCCCCAUUAUGGAACUGGAGUGGUGGUGUUCGGUCUCUCAGCAGUGGUGGAACUUCUGGGAGAGCCCUUCUGGGUCUUGGCACAAGCACAUAUGUUUGUCAAACUGAAGGUGAUUGCUGAGAGCCUGUCAGUGAUCCUCAAGAGUUUCCUGACAGCUUUUCUUGUGCUAUGGUUGCCUCACUGGGGACUCUACAUUUUCUCUCUGGCCCAGCUUUUCUAUACUGCAGUUCUUGUGCUUUGCUAUGUUAUUUAUUUCACAAAGUUACUGGGUUCUUCACAGUCAGCCAAGCAGCAGACUCUUCCUGUCUCCAGAAUGAUGGAUCUGUUACCCAGUGUUACAAGAGGUAGAGCUUUUGUAAAUUGGAAAGAGGCUAAAUUAACUUGGAGUUUUUUCAAACAGUCUUUCUUGAAACAGAUUCUGACAGAAGGUGAGAGAUAUGUGAUGACAUUUUUGAAUGUGUUAAAUUUUGGCGAUCAAGGUGUAUAUGAUAUAGUGAAUAAUCUUGGCUCCCUUGUGGCCAGAUUAAUUUUCCAACCAAUAGAGGAGAGUUUUUAUAUAUUCUUUGCUAAGGUGCUGGAGAGAGAAAAGGAGGCUACACUUCAGAAGCAGGAGGACAUUGCUGUGGCGGCAGCGGUUUUGGAGUCCCUGCUUAAGCUGGCCCUGCUAGCUGGCCUGACUAUCACCGUUUUUGGCUUUGCCUAUUCUCAGCUGGCUUUGGAUAUCUAUGGCGGAACCAUGCUUAGCUCAGGAUCAGGUCCUGUUUUGCUACGUUCCUAUUGUCUCUACGUCCUUCUGCUUGCCAUAAAUGGAGUGACAGAGUGUUUCAUGUUUGCUGCCAUGAGCAAAGAGGAGGUUGACAGGUACAAUUUCACGAUGCUAGCCCUGUCAUCUUCAUUCCUGGUGUUAUCCUAUCUCCUAACCCGGUGGUGUGGCAGCGUGGGCUUCAUCUUGGCCAACUGCUUUAACAUGGGCAUUCGGAUCACGCAGAGCCUUUUCUUCAUCCACCGCUACUACCGAAAGAGCCCCCAUAGGCCCCUGGCCGGCCUGUACCUGUCACCGGUCCUCCUGGGGGCAUUUGCCCUCAGUGGUGGGAUAACUAGUAUUUCAGAGGUGUUCCUGUGUUGUGAGCAGGGCUGGCCGGCCAGGCUGGCCCACAUUGCUGUGGGGGCCCUCUGUUUGGGAGUGACUCUUGGGACGGCAUUCUUCACAGAGACCAAACUGAUCCACUUUCUUAGAACUCAGUUAGGUGUGUCCAGACUCACUGAUAAAACGACGUGACCUCAGGGAUGCACUGGGGCCCGUGAUGGCUGGACUCGCCGUGGCAGUUUGUGGGUGGAACAAAUUUUCUGUGCCAGAGAGCCCUGCUGUGGAGUGAGACCUGCAGUGGAGUGAGACCAAUCCAGACAGUUGAAACCUUGGAGAGAACCACAGACCAACACUUACCAUCCAUUUGAAAUUAGGCAGAAACACGAAGGAGGAAUUCCAUUUUUUAACAGAAGACCAAAAGGUCUUUUAAAAUAGUUGUUUUUUUUUUUUCACCAUUUUGUUGAAAUUGCCAUUUUUCUCUUUUAUGAAUGUAUUAAUUCCUUUUGGGGCAAUCCAUCUUAGGAGCUACAUGUUGCAACAAACUAUAUCCUGGAUCGUAAUAAUCACCUGGUUCAGAAAAAGAGUGUAUUUUACCCUUCACAGGAUUAUUUAAUUCUGUAAAGAAAGAAGGAGAUUUGUUAUGCACCAAACAUGAACAAAGUUGUGGUUUUUACCAUGUUAACACUGUGGUCUGGAUUUUCAGAGAAGGAAAAAUGUUUUCAAUGAAGAAUCCAAGAAAUGAAAACAUGAAGUCUUUCAGAUUCCAUUUUUCAGAGUUAACCAGGGGAUGUCACACUUCCAUCUUCACUGCUGUGUUCCCUGGCUUAGCAUGCGCUUUCCCAAAGUAGGUGAAAGCUGCCUCCAGAUCCCUGGCCUGGCCGCCUGAGACUGAUCUAAUGUGAGCUACCUUGUCUUCUGAAGGUUGUCUGGCAGCUGGCUGUAACUUCGCACUUGAAGAUUGCACAGGUGGCCACUAAAGUAGAAUAGAUUAUCUUUUUCCCUCAAAAAGAAUAAGAUAAAUUCUAUAUGGCAAGUCUCACUGAGUAAGACCUCUCCCACUGGCCCAUGACUUUCAGCACUGGUCCAUACACCCAAAUUCCAGCCUCAGAACAAGUAGCCAGCCUGGAGGUCUGGUCCUCCAAGCUAGACUGGGGGCCCAGGCUAAGGCUCACCUUCCUGCACCCUGAAUAUUUCUUUCACUAAUGUGUCCAUUUCUUUUGGAUACGAUUGACCAUUGGAGGUAGCAUAUACAGACUGUACCUUGGAAGGAAUAGGUCAUCUGGCCCCAGUGUCCCCAAACUUUACAUCCAAAGAGCAGGUGAUUCACUUGGGCAAGUUGGCACAUCUUGAUCACACAAUAGUUUGGCUAAAAUGCACACAUUUAAAUAUACUGAGCAGGAGUCAAUGCCAAGGGGCGAAGGAUCAAGAUCCACUAGUGCAGGGAGACUAGUGCCCUGGACACCUUUCUGUGUGUGUAUGCAUUCUCUCUGUGUGUGAUCUAAGGGAAGAAUGUUUUGCACUAAUUGGGGGAAAGUAGCUAAAUGCAAGGUAUCACUGAGUAGCCAGAGGCCAAAAGCUUGACCUUGGGCAUGCAUUUAUAUGGCAGGAUCAGGCUAUCUCAGAAAAACCGAUUGUCCCCUGGUGUAGGGUGGCAUACACAGAAGGCAGUCUACCCUUCCCCCACGUACGUUUUUUUUGUUUGUUUGUUUCUCAACAAACAAACAGGAGUGGGCCUCCAGCCCUCACAAGUUCUUUUCUCUGCUCCACUGACCACUCUUCCCUAGAAUGCUAUCAUGUACCCCAUUCCCAUUUGACUCCAGACUCAAAACAGAGUCAUUACUUAUGAGCCUUAGACUCUCCUCAAUCCACUCCAGAGCUUUGGAAUAUGCAUGUCUGGGGGACAGGGCUCUCGUUGGGAUCAGCUCUUGGACAAAUCAAGAUUGGCACAUCCCAUCGUCAUUAUCAGCCUCAGUGCCCAGGACCAGUUGUGCAUAUGUCCAGUGUCCAGUCGCUGUUGAGAAAGACCUGCUCUCACUCCAGCAACACUGGACUUACCAGCUCUUCACGAACAGGCCCACCAAGGUUUCUGCUCUGUUCUCCAGCAUGGAGAGAGGGUUGGUGUCUGACAGCCAACACUGUCUCCUCCCUCUUCUUACGCUCCACCUGGUGCUGCUGUCAGCACAGGGCUGCCGCAUCAGGGCCAGCUCCCCUUGAAAGAUGGCCCAGGGAUGGCAGCUCCAGUUCUGCUGUGUCCUACUUCCCUUUAAUAAGAAGAAUAGUCCCUGUGGCUGAGUAUUUUCUGGGAGUGGGGGUUUUCCUGUUUCUAGCAUCUGCCUCCUGUGCUGUCACUUUGGCAACAGGCCGUAUGCAGUCAGAGGACCUCUGCCCCUAACCACUGGUCACCUCCCUGAAGACAGCAGUUGGGUCUGACCACUGCAUUCCCUGUGUCCACAUGGGUGCUGAGCUGCCUCACUUUACCCAAGAAGGAUUGGGGCCUGGGGGAGUCACACUUCCACUUUAAGUACCACUUAAAAUAUAGUGAGGCAACUUCUCCAUGGAAACAAGUCUCUAAAGCACACCCUUUUCGGAAACAAAGAUGCUUUUGCUGGUGAGAAUAGCAGUAUCUCUUCUGUCUGUGCUGCUCUGGCCAUACUUAUGUGUUGGUGACUUCAGAUUUGUCCUGUCAGUUCCUCAGCAGCACCCCUCAGAGCUGGAGCUCUUUUUCUGUCCUGUCCCAGCUGUAUAUCCCAGCCAGGCACUUCCUUCUAUUUAAUCAUGUAUCCACGGUGCUGUUUCAUGCCAAUCCCCUGAUUUUAAAAUGAAUAAAUUAUUUUCUUCACAUCUUUGUAAAGGUAUUUCUUUCGCACACCCUUCUUCCAAAAACUAUUAAAUUUCGAAAGGAAGGUAGGCAAAUAACUUGUGUAUGUGAGCCAUUUUUUUCCUCAUUGGCACAUUUCUCCUUACUCUCUCUGGACUGUGAUUUCUGACUUUGAAAGCGAGGGCAGGCUCUUGGCCUCUGUGAUCUAGUCUCCCAAGUCUGGGCCUGAAAGGCUAGCAGUUUAAAGUCACUGCUCUUCCCUUCCUGCCCAAUAAACAGUACACUUUAUUGUACUUUCUCUCUGCCAUCUUCUCUCUCUGGCCUGGUCCUUGUCUUGGUUAUUUUUUAUUUUUUUACUUGUUUAUGCAUAUAAGAGCUGGGGUAUAGGCCACAGGUGUGUAAGGGGAUGAGAGGAUUCACCAGAGACAGAGUGGGGAGCAGAACAGGCAGGUCUACUGAAAUACACUGCUGAAGGGAGCAGUGGGUGUGACAGGAGAGGUCUGCGCCAUGUGGGUCAGCUCCCUGGCCGGGGAUCAAAUUCAUGCUGCAGUGGCUGGUGAUAGCUUGAUAGUGCUGACUUUAGCCCCUGCACCACCAGGGAGGACUGGUUAUUUUUUAAAACUAAGCAGCCAUUCAUUGACAGGUCAGGAUUAAGACCAGGGGCAGGUAGGUCAGUGGAUGGUUAUAGGCAGUGCACUUUUUAGUGAAUCCAAACUAGCCCUUCACCCUUAUGACAUCUUUUCACUGAGAUCAAACUCUGUUGAAAUUCAGUUCCCCCAGAGAAGGACUCAGUGACACUCAUUCACACUGAGAUGCAAUAUAACCUGUUAGCAAUUCUUUCCUGAGCAGCUUUAAUGUUGUGGGAGAAAAGGGAAUAGAGCUUCCAGUAGCUCCAGGAGAAGGGGCUCAGGUGAGAAGCUCAUGUGAGGGAUGUCAUAAGGCCUCUGGGAUGGAUAGAAUUCAGUUGCAGUGGGGAAAUCAGGCAGAAUGUGUUCCCUGGCCCAGUCUUGGAGGACCAUAUCUGAAAAUGAGGCCGAUCUGAGAAGGAACUAGAAAACAGAAAGCGGGGGGCCAUUUUGCAAACUUAAAAAUCACUGUUCUUAGGGGAGGCUAGGCCAGACGUAGAGGGGGUGGCCUUUGGCACUGAUGGCAAUUUGAACAGCACUCCCACCAGGAGCUCAGGUGUGUGAGCCUUUGGGAGCUGACCCAUGGGCUUAGAAUGCUGCUUGUCCCAGAAUCUCAGUAGCCCAAUGGAAGAGUUCUGGAAGGCAAACUGGUAGCCAUGAUGCCUGUGGAGUCUGUCAGAAGGACCAGAUUUGGGAGAUGAGCUGAGGUAUCUUGUCAAGAAAUCCCCU